AUGGCCACAUCUGGGAGGAUCAGUUUUACAGUGAGGAGCAUUUUGGAUUUACCAGAGCAGGAUGCUAAUAGCAUAAAGCAAGCCUCUGACCAUCGCCACUCAGCGGAGAACUACACCGGCUCGCCGUAUCGAGGGUGGAUAGAAACAGACAGAAAUCACUAUCCCUCUUCCGACGAGAGCGGCCCGGAGAUGAGCUUGCCCGACUCCACCCAAAGGUCGCUCCCCGCCCGCGGCUCGGAGGCCGAGGAGAAGAAGAAGAAGCGGCGAGUGCUCUUCUCCAAGGCGCAGACGCUGGAGCUGGAGCGGCGGUUCCGGCAGCAGCGAUACCUUUCGGCGCCGGAGCGGGAGCAGCUGGCCCGGCUGCUCAGCCUCACCCCCACACAGGUGAAGAUCUGGUUCCAGAACCACCGCUACAAGAUGAAGCGGGCGCGAAGCGAGGGCCCCGGCAGCCCGCAGCCGCGCCCGCCCGCCCUGCUGCGCCGGGUGGUGGUGCCGGUGCUGGUGCGGGACGGGGAGCCCUGCCGCGGCUGCCCCGCCAGCCCACCGGCUCCCGCGGCGCGCCCCAAGCUGGGCUGCGCCCUGGCGGGAUGCAGCGCCCAGGCCGCCCUCGCCCUGCAGGGCUACCGAGCCUGCCCGCCCGCCGCCGCCCUCGGCGUCUUCCCCGCGUACCAGCACUUAGCGCACCCGGCCGUGGUCUCCUGGGGAUGGUGA